AUGUUUCGAUAAACCCGGUAUCUUUCUUGCUUUCUCAGUUCCUCUCCCGCCAUAAUGCGGCUAAAACCCUAGCAAAAUAUUCAUUCGCCGGCCGACCUAAAACCCUCCGUUCGAUUUCGGCCGCCAACAAAAUCCAAACAAGAACAAUGGAGACUGAUGCAGUAAUGGAUCCAAUGGACUUAAAAGUCACGGAGUUGUUGAAGGAAGUCCAGGUCGAUUACUCACCUGCGUUCACCAAGCUAGUAGACGACACCGUUUCAGCUAUCAAAGAAUCCAUCAACAAAAUCCCUGAAGGCCUCGAGGUUAAAGGUGAUGAAGCACCAGGUUUUGUUAAGGAUAUUGGUGCAGAUAAAGUGGAGUUCAAGUUUAAGAAGCCAAACUCUAUUGAAAUUGGAGGCAGUUAUUCAAUGCAAUGCAUUGCAAAGCCUGAGAUUAACGUGGACCUCUUUGUUCAGUUGCCAAAGGAGUGCUUCCAUGAGAAAGAUUAUUUAAAUUAUAGGUAUCAUGCCAAAAGGUGCCUUUACCUCUGCAUGAUCAAGAAGUAUUUGAAGUUGUCUUCACCAAUCCACAAGGUUGAAUGGUCCUCCUUUCAGAACGAGGCCCGAAAACCUGUAUUGCUAGUGUAUCCAGCCAAGAAGCUUGCUGAAGUUCCUGAGUUUUUUGUAAGGAUAAUUCCAAUGGCAAGAUUCCUAUUUAAUGUAGCAAAGUUGGACUUGAAGCGGAACAAUAUCCGUGCUUUAAAUCAAGGGAGUCUUCCUCUGUCUACACCAAGAUACAAUAGCAGUAUUUUGGAAGACAUGUUUUUAGAGGAUAAUUCAGAAUUUCUUAAGAAAACUUUUCUUGGAUGGAAGGAAAUGCAAGAGGCUUUGAUUUUGAUGAAGGUUUGGGCUCGGCAGAGAAGUUCUAUAUAUGCCCAUGAUUGCCUAAAUGGGUUUCUAAUAGCUGUCAUUAUGUCAUACCUAGCAACUUAUGAGAAGGUUAAUCAUUCUAUGAGGCCGUUGCAAAUAUUUCGUGUCACAAUGGAAUUUAUAGCUAGUUCAAAAUUAUGGAGCCAAGGGCUUUACUUUCGGCAGCAAAAUGAAGCCAAAAUAUCCAAGGAGGAAAGGAUGCUGUAUAAACAAUCAUUUCCGUUAGUAAUUUGCAAUUCAAGUUCACGUGUCAAUUUGACUUUCCGGAUGAAAAGUAGUGUUUUCUUAGAGCUCCAAGAUGAGGCUGCUUUGACACUUAAGUGCUUAGAGAAAUCAGGAGAUGCUGCUUUUGAAGAUAUCUUUAUGACGAAGGUUGAUUUCUCUUCCAAAUAUGAUUAUUGCAUAAGAUUAAACUUAAAAGGACAGAGUGAGGUCUAUGCUUUGGGAUUUUGCUUGGAUGAUGAAUGUUGGAGAUUGUAUGAGGAGAAGGUACAUGACAUUUUGUGUAAAGGACUGAGUGACAGGGUCAAGUUCAUUCGUGCUGUUUGGAGAAACUUCCCUGCAGGAUUGAGCAUAGAAAAUGGUUUAUCAACUCUAGACACAGAACCAUUGCUUAUUGGAAUUUCAGUGAGCUCUUUAGAGAAAGCAUAUAGAGUUGUUGAUAUUGGUCCAGAAGCUGAAAAUAAAGAGGAGGCUCUCAAGUUUCGGAAGUUUUGGGGAGAAAAGGCAGAACUCCGGAGAUUUAGAGAUGGCAAAAUUGCCGAAAGCACAGUAUGGGAAAGUAAGCAAUGGACAAAGCAUCUCAUUCUGAAAAGAAUAAUUGAAUAUGUAUUACUCCGUCAUCUUUCUCUAUCAACAAUGAACAUUGUCCAAGUUGUGGAUCAACUUGAUUUCUGUCUGCUUCAUGGUGUUGAAGAUCCUAUGUCAUUUUCCACAAGUUUGCUUGAGGCUGUUGAAGUUCUCUCAAAGCGCUUGCGUCUUAUUGAAGACAUUCCCUUGAGGGUGUCAAGUGUCCAGCCUUUAGACCCAGCUUUCAGGUUCACUUCUGUGUUUCCUCCAAGACCACAUCCACUAGCAUGUGAAAACAGUCAUGCUCCCAAAUUACAUAGGGCCUUUUCGUCCUGCAUCCAGCCUUUGGAAGUUAUGAUUCAGCUGGAAGGUUCUGGGAGCUGGCCAAUGGAUGAGGUAGCUAUUGAGAAAACUAAAUCUGCUUUCCUUCUCAAGAUUGGAGAGAGCCUUCAGAAUAGUUGGGGGAUGACAUGUAUUGCUACUGAGGAGGACGUGGAUGUUUUUCUUUCUGGUUAUGCAUUUCGCCUUAAAAUUUUGCACGAGAGAGGCUUAACCUUGGUGAAAAGGGAAAUUGGAAGUGAUAAAGUGAAGAGGGUGCCUUCUCAAGACAAGAAACUUUUUGUUCGUGGUCAGCAUUCUAGCAUGAUUAAUGGGUUACAGGGUAUUUACCAAAUGUAUGGUCCGGUUGUUAGGCUUGCAAAACGAUGGGUUGCUUCACAUCUGUUUUCAGCUUGCUUGGUAGAGGAGGCAGUUGAAUUAUUGGUUGCGCAUCUCUUUGUGAAAUCUUUGCCAUUUACUGCUCCUUGUUCGCGUGUCACUGGAUUUUUAAGGUUCUUGCGACUGCUAGCGGACUAUGAUUGGACCUUUUCUCCUUUAGUUGUUGACAUAAAUGUUGAUUUGACUCCCAAUGAUAGGAAAGAGAUUUACGAUAACUUUACAUUGAGUAGAAAAGAGUUUGAAGAGAACAGGCAGAACAUAAGUCCCGCAAUGUUCUUGGCCACAUGUUACGACAAGGCAUCUGAAGCUUGGACCAGAUUUUCACCAAACUCGCUGGAGCUUAAAAGGUUGGUAGCCUAUGCUCGCAGCAGUGCAAACCUGCUGUCUAGACUUGUAUUGGAGGAUCACACUGAUUCUUACAGAUGGGAGUGCCUCUUCCGAACUCCUCUGAACAACUAUGAUGCUGUAAUUCUUCUCCAUGGGGACAGAUUACCUUAUCCUCAGCGUCUGCUUUUCCCAUCUGAACUAAACCAAGGGAGACUUGUGGCUCGUGGGAACGCUAGUAAACUUUUCCAGCCCAUCUUGUCGCCUAGAGAUUUGAAGGGCAGUUCAGAGGAACUCAAGAAUAAGCUGAUGGUGAACUUUGAUCCUUUGAGGUGCUACAUUGCUGAUAUACAGAAAGAGUUCAACACUAUGAAGUUAUGGUAUGAUUCUCUCGGAAGUGAUGCUAUUGGACUAACGUGGGAAACAAAGAAACGAGGACGAGAAGAAACAAGUGAAACCGAAGACCCAAUCGAUAUGUUAAAAGCUGUAGGUGAAGUUGGGAAAGGGUUUGUAAGGAGUGUAUAUUUUCUCAAGGCUCCAAGGCUUUCAAAAUGAGUUCUCAUGUCAUGGAGGUCUAGAAUUCUAUGUUGUAACACUCAGGGUGAUAUGAUGCCCCACAAUUUUGAAGGAAAUAUAGCGAUAAAGCAACAUUUUUUUAUUAUUAUUAUUUAGUAUUAGUUCUUCAACUUAUCAGAGGAUAAGCAAUUAGCCUAUUUUUUCUUCCUUUUUUUUUUUUUCCUCUUUUCUUAUUUAGUUUAAUAGUUGUGUUGUAUAGAAGCUUGUCCAGAAGGAUAUGAAGUUUUUAAAUUUGAAAAUUUGAUAAUUGUAUGUGGUUGAUGACUUGGUGGACAUGGCCAUGUCCAAAUGA